AUGGCCACAAAUGCUACUUCUCUAGCAAACCAUGGCCAAAAUGGCACCAAACAAGAAGAUGUUGUAAUGGUGAUGGUGCCCUUUCCAGCUCAAGGACAUCUAAAUCAGCUCCUCCAUCUCUCUCGUCUCGUGUCAUCGUACAAUUUACAAGUCCAUUAUGUUGGAUUUAAUGCUUUUAUCAGACAAGCAAAAUUACGCAUCCAUGGUUGGGAUCCUGUCACCGAUACCACUCAUCCUAACAUCUUAUUCAAAGAAAUACAUUUACCUUCAUCUUAUAAUGUACGAUCUCCUUGCUCAAACAUGUCAAAAGUCAUAGCAUCAACACUUGAUUUAUCCUUAACCUUGAGAGAGCCAUUAAUUGCAUUUCUAAAUGAACUCUCUACCACAACUAGUAGAGUGGUUAUUGUUUAUGAUAGCUUAAUGGCUUUUGUGGUUCAAGAUAUAGUUUCUAUGCCAAAUGUUGAGGCAUAUUGUUUCCAUGCAGUCUCUGCUUUUACCACAAGUUCCAUUAUAUGGGAAGGCAUAGAAAAUUUUCUCCAUCUCCCUACAUUUCUUGGGAAAUUUGCAAGGGAACUUCUUAAAAUUCCACAAGAACUUCCAUCCCUUGGGAGUAGUUUCACACAUGAAUUCUUGGAUUUUAUUAGCAUGCAAGAUAAGCAUCACAAUAUUUGCUCUGGAAAUUUAUUUGAUACAUGCAAAGUUGUUGAGGGGCCAUAUCUUCAAAUUCUUGCAAAAUUGCAUAGGUUACUAAGAAGAGGCAACCAAUGGGCUCUUGGUCCUUUUAAUCCAAUCAAAAUACAAAAGGAUUCAAAAGAUCAUUGUCACAAAUGUUUGAGAUGGCUUGAUAAACAAAAACCAAAUUCUGUGUUGUUAGUUUCAUUUGGAACAACAAGUUCUUUAUCUAGUGAUCAAAUCAAAGAGUUAGCAAUGGGAUUAGAAAAAAGUGACCAGAAGUUCAUUUGGGUAGUGAGAGAUGCUUUGUUAGAAGAAGGUGAAAAGGUCAAAAUCCCUAAUGGAUAUGAAGAAACAAUACAAGAAAGAGGGAUUAUUAUAAAAGAUUGGGCACCCCAAUUUGAGAUCUUAGGACAUUCAUCGACAGGCGGUUUUAUGAGUCAUUGCGGAUGGAAUUCUUGCAUGGAGAGUAUUACUAUGGGAGUCCCAAUAGCUUCAUGGCCUAUGAGUUUUGAUCAGCCUAGAAAUGCAGUGUUAGUGACAAAUGUUCUUAAAAUUGGCAUUGUUGUGAAGGAUUGGGAGCAUCGUGACGAUUUGGUUACUUCAACAAUAGUUGAAAAUUGUGUAAGGAAAUUGAUGAAUUCACCAGAGGGAGAUGAAAUGAGGAUGAGAGCCAUGGAACUUGGUAAAAAAGUUAGAGAAUCCAUGAUGGAUGGUGCUGUUUCUAGGAUGGAGAUGGAUUCUUUCAUUGCUCAUGGUACCAGAGACUAGUUUUUUGUUAUUAGCAAGAUUGUAUGACUUGUUUCUGCUCUGCUCUCUAAAUAAUCUAGCUGUG